AUGACACAGCCAACGAUGACGGUUGACGCGUCGGAGGCCGAAGGCACAACGCCAGAAAAGCGAGUUAUCCACAUCACAGUGCCCCCGAGGUGGUACCUUAUUCCGGGGACGGCCUUCAUCGCUGGAGCAGCCAUUGGUCUGGUGCGGGGAGGACAGACCGAGUCGCUGCGCUUCCUGGCCGAGAAUGCGCAUCGGCCACCGACGACGGUGGAGGGGUGGUACUUUUACAACAAAACGAAGAACUAUAGGAUCAUGUUCGCGGGGCUCAAGUCUGGGGGGUGGGAGGCGGCGAAGCUGGCUGGACUGGGGAUCGGAUGGGUCGGCAUUGAGGAGGGCGUCGAGCGGGUUGGGUUGGGCGACGUUCGGGAGGUGAUUGCUGGUGUGGGGACUGCGGCGAUGUUUUCUGCGGCAUACCGACUGCCGAUGCGGGCUGGGCAGCGGGCGGUCGCUGCCGGGCUGAUGAUUGGGGGGACGCUGGCGGGGCUUCGAGUUGCGCGGCGAGUGCUGGAGGAACAGAAAAGGGCUCGGGAAUAA